AUGAAGUUUUGCUUGUGUUUUUUUUUUCCCAAGAUUGUGACCCAAAGAUUGAGAGCCUCCUUUGGAACUUGGAAGAUCUCAAUGUACUACCUCCACGACUUGCCUUCCUCUUACAACCUCGUCCUCAAGGAGGUUCUGGGCCGAGGCAGAUUCUUCAAGUCGAUCCUCUGCAAGCACGACGAAGGUUUGGUGCUCGUCAAGGUCUAUUUCAAGCGCGGCGACUCGAUCGAUCUCAGGGAGUACGAGCGGCGUCUCGUCAAGAUAAAGGAUGUGUUUUUGUCUCUCGAGCAUCCUCACGUCUGGCCUUUCCAGUUUUGGCAAGAGACUGAUAAAGCGGCUUAUCUAGUGAGGCAGUACUUCUUUAGUAACCUGCAUGAUCGGUUGAGUACUCGGCCUUUCCUCAGUCUUGUGGAGAAGAAAUGGUUGGCGUUUCAGUUGCUUCUUGCUGUGAAGCAGUGCCAUGAGAAGGGUAUAUGUCAUGGUGAUAUCAAGUGCGAGAACGUUUUGGUCACUUCCUGGAACUGGCUUUACCUUGCUGAUUUUGCGUCCUUCAAACCCACGUACAUUCCUUAUGAUGAUCCUUCGGACUUUUCCUUUUUCUACGACACAAGGGGACAAAGACUUUGUUAUCUGGCUCCCGAGGUACUAUAG